GGCCGUUGCCUAUAAAUUAGGCUUGGAUGUCAUAGGAGAAGGUUAAUUGCAGAAUAGAAUGGCGAGGAAGAAGGUUACGCUCGGGUGGAUCGCGCACGACGCCACGCGCCGCACCACCUUCAAGAAACGGAAGCAGAGUCUACUCAAGAAGGUGAGCGAGCUCGCCACCCUCUGCGCCAUCGACGCCUGUGCCGUCGUCUACGGACCGGAGGAUGAGGCGCCGGAGGCGUGGCCUUCGCCUGCGGAGACGGCGCGCGUGGCGGCGCGGUUCAGGGCGGUGCCGGAAUCGGAUCAGAAUCGCAAGAAGACGGACCAGGAAGGGUUCCUCCGCCAGCGGGCGGCCAAGCUGCGGGAGCAGCUCAGCCGGCAGGAUCGCGGCAACAGGGAGCUGGAGGCGAGCCUGCUCAUGCACGAAAUGCUGUCCGGCGGCGGAUGGAGGAUGUGCGACGUGGGCAUCGAGCAGGCCGCGGAGCUCGUGCGGUUGGCGGAGAUAAAGCUGGCGCUGGUGCGCAACAGGGUCGAGAGGGAGAAGGCGAGGACCGCGGUGGAGCCGCCUCGGCAGGCGGUCGAACAGGUGGUGGCCAUGGCGGUGGGUCCAUCGAUAGAAUUUGUGAAGACGCCGUGGCAGGCGGCCGAACAGGUGGUGGACAUGGCGGAGGAUCCAUGGAUAGGAUUUGUGUUGCCGCCGCUGCAGGCGGUCGAACAGGCGGUAGGCACGGUGGAGACAGUGGCGGAGGACGAAACCCUAAACUGGCUC